CUGAUUAUGGACCAAUCACACCAAUCAGGCUUUUCAUUGUUUCCAAUGCCGCCUACACCCCCGGCAGACAAACAACGUGUGAUGAGACUAUUGAGGGAGCAACAGCAGAUUGCGAACGAAAACGUACCAAAGCAUCUACUUGCACCAGCUGGCCAGGCACCACCACCACCGAUUCCAGCACAGCUGCGUCCCGCUCCACUGAAACUCCGUAAGAAACGACCUGCACAGCUCAAUCACACUCACCCAAGACCGACCCUUAGGGUGAUCAACCCAGAUCCUCAGUCAUCAGAAAGCUCAACGUCAUGGCCAACCCUGCCAGUUCAGGAUAAUUGGCCAGCCCCGAAAGAUGCUGAAUAUCAGCCCCCACUGAAAAGACGAUCGCACAGGGCUAGUCAGUGGCUCGGUCCGAACGGUCAAGUCGAUCGGAAGAAAUUGUCGGUCUACCUGAGCAAGGUGCUCGAUUCUUCGUUUCAAAAUGAUCAACCAUAUGUGAGACCUUCAGCCUUGCCUACCCCGGUCUCUGAAGACUCCAUAAUUGCUUCCAAACAGAGGCAACCUCGAUAUCCUGGAUCAUGCCACGUGCAGGCUCAAUGUGCGUGCCCUCCAGGCGUUGCAUUAUGCCACAGCUGCUCGUCUGAGGAGUUCGAACAAUUUCGGCGGCGACAAAUUGAGCACAAGUCGAACCCCAGCGUCAGUUCCACGAAGUGUAUCAUGUCAGUGCCGAGGGCACGAUUCCGAGGCACUCUUGCUGAUGUUGUGGAGCCGGAGCCACCAUCAUCACCACCCGAAUUGAUGUACGAUUCAGAAGAGAGCGAGGAGUCAGAUUGGUCUUCCCCAACCAUAUCGAGUGACACAAACACCUCUGCUCCGUCGGUGCCAGUCACCCCAACACCUGCUCCUCGCAAAAAUGCAGUGCCUCGGCAGAAUGCUGUCUCGAGGCCCAACGUACCAUCCUUCUCUCUCCCAUUUACCCACGGAAGGCAAAUCACUCCCCGGAUCGUCCGAGACAGCACAAACUGCAUGUCGGGAGAUCCGUUUGCCUCAUCGCCAGCCUCGACUGUCCCCACCCUUGCCAGCAUCUCAACCAUCUCCACCUUCGCAUUCGACUUCUCCGAGAAAGACGAUGAGACUGAAUACGAUCCAUUCGAGCAGGGAAGUGAAUUGAGCGAAAUCAGAACGUACCAACCCAUUCAGAAGGCUAAGCCCCUGCUGGUCCACUGUCGCGGCCCUUCUCCGCAGUCCAUCAAAUAUGGCCAUGCCUACAGCUAUCGCUCUAACCGUAGUCCCCGCUCGUAUCAGGUCUCAGAGGACAGUGGGUAUUCUACAUUUCGUAUCUGA